AUGGCGACGUUAACAAGCCAGGACUCAACCGCUCAAGCGCGGGUUUAUUUCCAAACGCCUCCCGGUACCGAGGAUUCAGAACUCGUCCAGAAGCAAGGCCGGGUAACCGUGAAAUACGAUAGAAAAGAGCUGAGGAAGCGACUCAAUUUGGAGGAGUGGAUAAUUGAGCAGUUAACGGAUUUAUACGACUGUGAGGAGGAGGAGAUUCCAGAGUUGGAAAUUGAUGUGGAUGAGCUGUUGGAUAUGCCCACUGAUGGAGACCGGGCAUCCAGGGUCAAGGGUUUGCUGGUUGACUGUUACAAACCUACAGAUGACUUUGUCACGGCUCUCCUAGAGAAGGUUAAAGGUCUGCAGAAACUCAGCACUCCGCCCAAAAAGAAUGAAAAAUCUUCUCCUUAGCCUCAGAACAACCCCAACCGAUUACAACUCAGUUCUACACAGGGACACCCAGCUAGAAACCCUCAGCACCUAGAAUCCUUCAAUCAGCAGGAUUGGUAGAGGGAAGAAGAUCGACCAAUCAAAUCUCUGCAGCAGGGAUUACUAUGUCUCUGUCUUUGUU